UGGACGUGGUACGGAGCCUACUGUAGCAUCAUCAUCAUCCUCAUCAUCCUCAUCAUCCUCGCCAUCCGCCCCUCUCUCAGCGACACCAUGUCCUCGUCGUCGCGGAAGAUCUCCUCGGAGUCGUUCAGCAGCUCGGUGGGCUCGGAUUGCGGACUGGAGAGCCCCGGGGGAGACGGGGGGGACGGCGGGCCGGAGCUGGCGGAGGACAGCCGCGGGUGCCCCUUCUCCUCCUUCCCGUCCUCCCACAGAGCGGUGCUGUGGAACGGCCGCAGCCCCGCCGACAGGCCCGCGUGCCCGGCGGGGGAGGAGAGGCACGCACCCUGCGCGCCCCACAAGAGGGUGACCCGCAGGAGACGCGUGAACCUGGACUCUCUGGGAGAGAGCCUGAAGCGACUGACCUCCCCCACGACGCAGACUGUUCAGGAAGCUCUACAGCGAACCCUACAAUUCUACAGACAGCAAGAAAUCAGGUGUCAAGAUAUUGGACGUGGGGAAAGUCGCAGAGAGAAGAAAGAUGAGAAGUGCCCCUUCCUUGAAAGUUCUGGCUCAGAGGAAGAUGUCCUACAAAUCCUUCAGUACAUGGCGACAAUAUUGGGAGUACCAUUCUGUGAGCUGCGAGAGCAUUUCGGAGAAGAGUUCUUUGGCCUGUGCUUUGAGGAAAACGAGCGCGUACUUCGGGCUGUGGGCGGCAACCUUCAGGAUUUCUUCAAUGGUUUUGAUGCCAUUUUAGAACACAUUCGCACCUCCACGGGGCGCCGCGCCUCCUCCGAGAGCCCCUCCUUCCAGUGCAAGGAUCCCCACGAGCAGGAGAAAGGGAGAAGGAAAGUGGACCCGAUCGGAAGCGAAAGAUACGGCGGAGGGAAGGCGCUGCUUCUUCACUGUUUCAACCCUGCCCCUGUGGUGGGAUUGGUCAUGCCGGGUUUGAUCAGAGCUGUUGCCAGGCGGAUCUUUCACUCAGAAGUUGAGGUAGAAGAGGUGCCACCUCUGACUCCCUUGUGUCCGCAUGAAGAUGCGGAGCAUAAAGACUGUGACUCCACGAUGCCCACUGCAUCCCCCACUGCUUUGCCCUCCUCAUCCCCCUGUCCUCCCUCUCCUUUUCCCACCUCUGUGCCCACCGUUUGCAUUUCCUUCCAAAUCCAGGAGACGUGCCCACCCCCCCUCUCUUUUCAGCCAAAUUCAGACUCAGUGAGCACUAAAAGGCCCCCCCUCUCACUCUCCACCAACCCCAGUGAUCUUUGCAUCAGCCUGGCCACGUUCUGCCGUGCCUUUCCGUUUCACCUCGUCCUGGGAUCUCGUAUGGAGCUGCUGCAGCUCGGAGAAGGACUGCGGAAACAGACUCGCAUUGAACCCCAUAGGAGCCUCUCAUUCAGAGACUGUUUUGAGAUUGUCUCACCCAAGAUGGAGCCUUCGUUCCAGGGCAUUCUGCUGAGGCUUGCGUCCCCGUUCACCAUCCGCACCAGGCCUGACACCACGCAGACUGGCACCAAGGAGAAGGUGAUGGAGCUGAAGGGUCAGAUGAUCCAUGUGCCAGAAUCAAGCUCUCUGAUGUUUCUGGGCUCUCCACGUGUCGAUAAACUGGAGGAGCUCAUGGGCAGGGGUCUCCAUUUGUCAGAUAUCCCCAUCCACGACGCCACACGGGAUGUUAUCUUAGUGGGAGAGCAGGCCAAGGCCCAGGAUGGCUUGAAGAAAAGAAUGGACAAGCUGAAGGCCACAUUGGAGCGGACUCAUCAGGCGCUUGAGGAGGAAAAAAGGAGAACUGUGGACCUCCUGUACUCCAUAUUUCCGGGCGAUGUGGCUCAGAAACUGUGGCAGGGUCAGCCGGUGCCGGCUCGCAAAUUUGAUGAUGUCACCAUGCUGUUCUCAGACAUCGUGGGCUUCACGGCCGUGUGUGCCCAGUGCACGCCUAUGCAGGUCAUCUCAAUGCUGAACGAACUCUACACACGCUUUGACUACCAGUGUGGCAUUCUGGAUGUCUAUAAGAUUGAGACAAUAGGUGAUGCCUACUGUGUGGCUGGGGGACUUCACAAGAAGGUUGAAAGCCACGCAAAACCAAUUGCACACAUGGCUCUGAAGAUGAUGGAACUCUCUGAGGAAGUGUUGACACCUGAUGGGAAACCUAUUAAGCUGAGGAUAGGUAUCCACACGGGUUCGGUGCUGGCAGGCGUCGUCGGGGUUAAAAUGCCACGAUACUGCCUGUUUGGGAACAAUGUGACUCUAGCCAGCAAGUUUGAAUCGGGGAGCCAUCCAAGGUGUAUCAAUGUCAGUCCCACAACCUAUCAAUUGUUGAAAGAUGACCGCUCCUUUUCCUUUGUCCCUCGCUCAAGACUGGAGCUCCCAGAUAAUUUUCCCAAAGAGAUCCCAGGGACAUGUUACUUCCUGGAGGUGGGGACUUCUCACAGCCAUGCCUCACUUACCAGCUCUCGCUCGGCUCCUCCGGCCUCUAUGAGGAAAGUCUCCUACAGUAUUGGGACCAUGUUUCUAAGAGAAACAAGUUUGUAGAUCCAUGCACAGACCAGGUUGCACAAGAAGUGACUUUGUUUGAAACCAUGGGACUCAGUGGAAACCUACAAUUCUUUGGAUAUGCAAUCGCAUUCUGUAAACACAUGGAUUCAGACCUUUUGGGUGAAAAUGCUUUCAUCGUAGGUGAAAAAGAACAACAGGCCCUUAUCUUCUCUGCGAGGGAGAUAUGCUUCAAAAGGCUUAACAUACAGAAACUGCGCUAGUCUCUCAUCCUUCCCCAAGGAGGUGAACUGAUUGAAUCAAUUUGCUAAGAAACCUUAAUAUAAAACUUAAUGAUCUUGCUGGAUGUCUCAGCUCCAGACCUGGUAUCUAGCUCUCUCCAGACGUCUCUGCGCCCAAGGGAAACCUGAACUGGGUCCAGACUAAAGAAAAAACAGGGAGAAAAUAUGGGGAGAGAUCCCACUCAUGACCAGUGUUCCACACAUUAGCCAUGGAAUUGUGCAAACAGAACAAAUCCACUUAACAAAGUGGGUGCUGGGAAUGAAUUUUUGUGAAUAUUUGGAAGAUGGGCACACAUGUGUUGCUUUGCUUCAUGUCCUAUUGUGCAAAAAAAAAAAGAAAGACUACUAAUGAACAACAAUUCAGUUCCCCUACCUUCCACUGCGACUGUCUUUAAAUCGUAUCCUGCAUUGCCAAACUUACCUAGAAUAUGUGCUGAUUGUUAAACUAACACCUUGGUUUGGGAAUGGAGAAACAAAUGACAGGAACUAAAUAGAUGGGAGGAGAGUCACAAAAAAGACAAAUGUCAGCAAUCAUUUUAUUCUGAUUUUACAGAUUUUCUCCUUCUAACCCACAGGAAUCUGUAGUCUACAGUAAUACAGCCAUUUCACGUUGGACUCAAAAUUAUUCCUAACUCAGUGCCUUUCUACCAUGCAAACCAGGAUAUUACAAUAUUAACAGAAUUUGAAUAAGUGAGGGAAAAAAGACACUCAAGGAGUUCUUCAUUUGUCUAAUGUCUCCAGUUAGUGUGUAAGAUACCUGUGGCUUUAACGGCUCUGAAGAGAAUGAUAUGAAAUAUGGAAUUGGGUGUGCAGUUAUUUAUAAGUCACAUAUGAACCUUAUCCCUGCACCCCAGCAAGGGUGUCAACUUACUAGUGUCAUUUUAAAAUGAUUGAGAGUAAGUAGCAACAAAUAUCAGUCACUCCUCAAAUAUUUAAGAAUGCCGUCUCUUCACCUUUUCAUUUAAUUCCGAUUCAAUUAUAGAAAUAAUGUAACUUUCUUAAAAUCAAAAACUUCAUGACAAACGUGAUAACAGGAUGCACACGUGACAUGUUACAUUUGCAAAAAUAAAAAAUGUAGCUCCCUGCCCAUAUAGCCAACAACAUUCUAAUGUAAGUGUAUUGGAUUUUUGGGACAUCAUGAUUCACUAAGUAAGAGUAUCAAAUGACUCAAACACCUCUGUGUUUCCAUGCACACAUGGGAAAGUGAACAUGUGGAUUUUUAAAGCUGAGUGAAAACUAACUGAGAUAAAAAGUUUCCUAAAAAACCUAUAUGUGUUUUAAGAUUAAAUAAUGUAAUUCCUGUAUUACUGGGAUUGUUAUCCAUCAGGGAAGUACAAAUAAAAUGUUAAUUUACGACAGCCUGAAAAUAUCAGAGGGAAAUAGGUUUUGAAAUGUCGAGAUAUUAGAUUUCCAUGUUAAUGUGACCUUUUAUAAUGACAAAAGGUACCCAAAAGUUUGUCAAUGUCACAAACAAAUUUGAGGUCAUAAAAAAUUGGGCUAUUUAAAGUUUAAUGAGUGCUUACCCAUGCGUGCUAACCAGCAUCUUGACAAUGACAAACUAAAUCAGAAAAUAAAACACUUGAGACACAGAGAGUAAAAUCCAGCAUUUUCAUGACAUCUUGCCAAAUAACUUACCUUGUAGCAGGGCCAAUAACAUUAAGUCAAAUAUGUGACUUUAGAUAACACCAGCGCAAGCCAGUCAUGCUUGUUGUAGUGACUAUUUGGUUCCAGCUGAUUGUCCUGAGCAUAUUAUUUGGACUAUAUGUUUACCCUUGCAGGGAGUUUUCAUGGGCAUAUUACGACCAUAAAAUAUGAGAAACAUUCUUUACUUAAUAUACAUAUUACUUAAGAAAAAAAAAAUUGCCAAAUUUUAACUACAUACAUAUGCAUAUUAUACAUUAUGAAUAAAUUCUACAAAAAGUGAUAUAUGCCUUAUGACAAUUGAAGUUAUUCAGUGCUGUAUCAGGGUCAUUGUAAUAAAUAAAUACAAGAAUUGUGGGACAAGUUCUAAGAGGUAAUAAUUUAGGAUAUUCUCAAAGAAUGAAGUACAGGUAAGCACAAAAAGAUGAAUGAAAAAUGCACUUUUGCCAUACUUUUGGAAAAUCAUGCCACUUUUAAUAAUGCUUCGGUGGCUGAAUUAAGUCACAUCAAACUUUGCCAUUAGGUUGAGAAAGAAAUACUCACGACAUUCUAUGAUCUCUGUAUUAUAGAAGUAAGUUUGAAAAGUCUAUUCAUGCCUGAAUGCAUAACAACAUCCUGCUGCCAUCUGUUCUUUUUUUUUUUUUGUUAAAAUCCCAAUCCUAGAUUAUCCAAAUCAAUAGUUUUUGCUUAAAAACUUGGGACUUACAUAGUGGAUAUUUUAUUUAUUAUUUUAGAAUGCUUGAUAAUGUUCCUGUUGUCAUUAUUUACUGCAAUGGCCUCAAUGCAGUGUAAUGCACACUGGGGGAAAAUAAUCCUAGUUAAUUUCUGUCAAAUAAUCCAAACAGUCUAAUUAGACAGACGUAAAAGUGUGCACAUUUCUUGCAAAUGUUGCUGUAACUCAUGGCAAUGAAAACUGUUUUGCUAACAAAGAAAAUGCUGAUAUAUUUGUAAGAAUAUUUUUCCAUACACUUCAUUUGUGUCAUCAAUUUUACAGUAAACACCAAGAAAGGAGCCAUUACUGUUUUUUGGAAAAUCAUAUUAGCUGUCUUUAAUCAUGCUAAAAUGGAAUAUUAAACUCAUUGUAGAACCAGCAAUGGUCUAAUGAAUGAAUGCAUAAAUAAAAACCCAGUCAAUCACUUGAAAUCAUAGUUUUAACGCCUAAAUAGAUUUCUGAAAAGUAAAUAUAUAUGUAUCAGCAAAAAAAAUAAAAAAAUAAAAAUUUCAGCAGACCAUCCUGUAAAGUUAAACAUACAGCAUAAUUUAUUCAAUAUGAUGCAAAGAAAGACAACUCUCAUCUGAAAACUCGAGGAAGUGGAUGGUUUGAGGUGAACAGUUUCUUAACAGGUUAUUUAUUUUUGGAAUCAAGGCAAGAGCAGAUAUUCUCCAGGUUUAUUGUCACUUUAAAAGGAGCCAGAACCGGUAACCCAUUCCGAACAACAGUGCAAAAAUAACCGAACAUACUGUUUGUAUACAUUAGCAGAGAAGAAGAAAGAAAGAAGAAGGAAGUGUUUUUUUUUUUUAGAUAGUAUGUGCAUACUUUUAGCCUUUCUGAAAAUUAUUCAGCUCUAAAAUCUUUCUAACCACGGUUUAAUUAAUAUCCACAGAACUUUUUCUUAUUGCAAGAAAGAAAAAUGUCAGUUCCUGGAAACACAGUUUGUCUUAAAUAUUAUAAUAAAAAUUAAAAUACAGCAGUGGAGAUCCCUGAAAACUGAUAUUUAAUUGUUUCCACUAGGCAAAAAAAACAAAAACAAUAUCCUUGGGGACAUUGUAAGGUGAACUGUAUUUGACAGUUGUGUUAUUGAGCUGGGGGUAAGUGGUUUUCAGAGCAGGCUCUCAGAUAUAGAAGCAUAAUUGCUGUCUGUCACUGGCAAUAACGCAUACAUGCAUUAAUGUUUAUUUGAUAAAGCUGUUGUAGCAUAAAUGUAGUACAGGUUGUGUUUAUACACGGCUUCAGCAGUGCCUAAACUCUGCUUCUGGGCUAAAUAAAGGAUAUUACGCCAGCGUUACACCCACACAACUUGUGUCCACCACUCAAGUCUCCAAGUCUGUAUUCUUUACAUAAUAUUAGAUGUUUGACCGGAGCCUUUUGGUUUGGACGUAGAGGUGUUACAGGUACGGGUUCCAUUGUGUGCCGCACUGCAUAAAGCCAGCGACCUUCUCUUUCACAGGCAAGCAUCACAGAUACGCUAACAAUAACGCUUUAUGAGUUUAGUCAAAUACUGCCCAGGAAGAAUAGCUGCCUGAGGAGAAUGUAAGGGAGCUUUAGUGUCCCGUGAGACAAAGCCAACUACGAAAACAUGUGGAAGCAUAAAGUCUGCUCCAGGGGACAUUUACUGAAUGAACACCUCGCGGUGUCCGUUGUAGCAUUACUUCUGGAGUGCGGCCUUUGCAUUUCCUGAUGGUUGUGAGCAGUGCAAACUCUUCUGUCCUGCAACAAAAAAUCUGUGUACAUUUUGUACACCUUUUUCAGCUUGGCGAAAUACGUUACUCCUUGAAAUGUUCUGUGAGCCUGCCUGGGUUUUGCAAUGUGCUAACACAAUUUGUGACUUAACUGACUCUACUUAAAAUUCAUAAGGGAUUUGAAAAAAGUCAUUAAAUUAUACUACUUAAAAAAACCUAAUAUUCACUAACUGAUUUGACAUUUCUCUACUGUGUUUUCCUUUGUCAGCUUGAUCUUUUGUUAGCCAAUAUGAGGGCAGACUGGGUUUCUGAGUUUUUCCACAUAAAAUCCACACCCUCAAGUAAUUAUUUUAAUCAAUAGAAUGUUAAAGUAAUGUUCUUUUUAGUCAAAGUCGUUUACUCUAUCCUUUGCUUCAUUUCUGGAACGUUUUAUUUAAACUUAAUAGUAAUUUCUGUUGAAUACCCUUCAUAUAAUUUUUUUUGCAUGAGAGUUUUAUGAACUUUUUCGUUGCCAAGAUCAGCUCCAUCCCCAGUGACUGGUGUUUACAUCCAGACUGCAGGCCUCAUUGCUCAAUUCGGAUUAACUGCUUAGAUGGGAUUUUUGUUAGCCUGUUAUUUAAUGUGGUCAAUGGCAGAUUUCAGUGUGGAUAGGCUCACCAAACUGAACCGCCCACAUGCCCCAAAAACCCCAACAAAGUCCUCAUGACAUGACCAAAAAACUGAGAUGCCAGCCAAAUACAGGAAAUCUAUUUCAGAUUUGGGGAUGCUGGUGUUUAUUUACAGUUAAUAUUUUAUCCGAUUUAUGAGCACAUCCUGAGGUGGCCAACAUCUGUUUUUUGUUCACGUUGUAAUGAAGUCAUGUAGCCAUAAUGAAGUCGCGUAUAAGCAAAUAAAACCCAAUUUGGGCAACAUUUGACCUCCAAUCUGAAUGCAGGCUCACAGUGCAACAAGUCAACAUUGUUAGGAAACUGGUUCCUGUGUUUUUCAUCACUGCUAGGUUCUAAAAGCAGAAACAAAUUCAGCUGAUGCCUUUUAUACAUUUACCAGGUCAGAAAACUAAAAAAUAUCUAGAACUCUCAGCUGCCACCCCUCUGAAAACAGUAUCCAUCAUUAUUUUACCUGUGUAAUUGUUUGAGUGUCUUUUAUUUUGUAGGCUGGCGUCAAUGCUGGAGAGGAAUUCUGUUUGAACUUCUAGUUCGGAUCUGGUGUCAGUUGUUUUUCUAAGGUGACUUAAUGACAGAUAUUGACUUCUGACUGAUGAUAAUAGCACAUUCUCUGUCUUAUAUAAUGUAAAUAAAAUCAAACAAACAAAGCAAGGAAAAGGAGAACACACCAUGUAUCAUUAAUUAGAGAAAAAAGCCCAUGGCUCCUACUGUAAACACACACAUAAGACCUUAUUUUAACAUGACAUGAGUCUGUGUAUGCUGUGCAUGGAUUUGACUGACUGUGUGAUUGAUUCUGGGACAUUGAACUCUACAUGGGUAUGUAGCAAAUAGAUCUGAUCAUAACACAUUUGUUAAACAUGUGUAGUCCUUAUUGAUGCUUACAGAUAACCUGUUCAGAUAUUUUUUGAUCACUUAAAUUCAUAAUUCACCAUCCGAUUGUUUUGUAUUUUUACUGUCUGAUCUGUGUUGAUCUCAGUCACUGUUGACGCCACAGUCCAUACUCGUAUAAUAACUUUAUAAACCUUUUUCUUCUUAAGCCCAAAGUGGCUGUAUGAAACAUGGUUUGGAAUAGAUUUAUAUUUUUCUGAAGCAUCUUAGUGUGUAUUUACACUGGAAACAUUUAGUCUGAUUAAAACUAACUCUGA